AUGGAUUUUAAUGGACAGUUUUAUGAUACGCCAAUCAUCCUAGGGAGACCAUUUUUGCAUACAGCAAAGAUGAAUAUUGAUUUUCCGACAGGUAUUGCAAAAAUUUCAUGUGGAGAUCAAUCAGUAGAAAUUAAAAUUUUUGAGGUACCAAAUGAUCUUAAGAAAUCACAAGUAUAUGAUUGUCAUACCAUAGAUCUUCUAGAUGAUUUUGAUGAUCUAGAUGUGAUUGAUGACUGUGUGCUAGAAGAAUUAGAGGAAAUAGAGAAUAUAAAUUUGGGAGAAAAGAAAGAGGAAGAUCAUCUGAAUUUAGAGUUGAAACCUCUUCCCUCUAGUUUAAAAUAUAUGUUUUUAGAGGAAAAUAAUUCAUUUCUUGUUAUUAUUGUAGCUGAUUUGAAUGAUGAACAGGAAGAAGAAUUAUUAGAUGUACUUCGAAAAAAUAAGAAGGCUAUGGGCUGGAAAAUGGACGAUCUAAGGGGCAUAGAUAUGAGUGUAUGCAUGCAUAGUAUAUAUCUUGAGGAGGGGGCCAGAACUAGCAAGGAACCACAACGAAGAUUAAAUCCUAACAUGAUGGAAAUUGUAAAAAAAGAAAUUUUAAAGUGGCUGGCUGGUGAUAUUAUUUAUCCUAUUUCAGAUAGCAAAUGGGUUAGUCCUACACAAGUAGUGCCAAAAAAAUCAGGGAUCACAGUUAUAAAAAACGAAAAUGGGGAUGAAAUACAAACAAGAUUAACUACCGGUUGGAGGGUUUGCAUUGAUUAUAGAAAAUUAAAUUCAGUUACUAGAAAAGAUCAUUUUCCCCUACCAUUUACUAAUCAAAUUCUAGAAAAAUUAGCUGGAAAAAACUUUUUUUGUUUUCUGGAUGGAUACUCUGGUUAUAAUCAAGUUUAUAUAAACCCUUUAGAUCAAGAAAAAGCAACUUUCACUUGUCCAUUUGGUACUUUUGCUUUUAAACGCAUGCCUUUUGGUCUGUGUAAUGCUCCAGCCACAUUUCAAAGAUGUAUGCUGUCUAUUUUUUCUGAUAUGAGUGGAAAAUGCAUGGAAAUUUUUAUGGACGAUUUUUCUGUUUUUGGUGAAUGAUUUGAUGAAUGUUUAAAUCAUUUACAGCAUGUACUUGAGAAAUGCAUAGAGAAAAAAUUAGUUUUGAGUUGAGAGAAAUCACAUUUAAUGGUUAAAGAGGGAGUUGUGUUGGGUCAUAUUGUGAGUAAAAGGGGUUUAGAGGUGGAUAGAGCAAAAAUUGAUAUUAUAUCUAAAAUGAAACCUCCAAAUUCAGUAAAACAGAUUAGAUCUUUCUUGGGUCAUGCAAGUUAUUACAGAAAAUUUAUUCAAGAUUUUUCGAAGAUUUCUAAACCUCUCACCAUGCUAUUAUCUAAAGAUGUGCCUUUUAAUUUUGAUGAGAAAUGUUUUGAGUAUUUUUUCGAAAUAAAAAGAUUACUUACUAAGGCACCCAUUUUACAAGCUCCUAAUUGGUCCCUUCCCUUUGAAAUAAUAUGUGAUGCAUCGAAUUAUGCAGUGGGGGCCGUUCUAGGACAAACAAAAGAGUCAAAACCCAUAGUAAUUUCAUAUGCUAGUAAAACUAUAUCCGAUGCUCAAUAG